UUCAGGAAGACUAUUACUGCCUUGGUGAUAUUGCUGUUCCUGUCCGAUGGUGCUCACCAAAAUCAUUACAGUGUACAGAAUCCUCAAUCGAAACAAAAGUAUUAACAAAAGAAGCAAAUGUUUGGUCAUUUGGUGUAGUUUUAUGGGAGUUGUUUGAGUUUGGGAAACUGCCCUACCAGGAGCUUAGCAAUGAUGAUGUCAUUCAGAAAGUUAUUAUUGAAAAAACGAUACUGCUGGAUCAACCUACUACAGCCUGUGCUCAUAUUGACAAAAUAUAUCAGGUUAUGAAACUUUGCUGGGUUGAAAGUGGGGAACAACUUGAGAUGCACACACUGGUAACUUUGUUGACACAUUUGUAUAAGAACAAAAAUGUCAUGUCUGUUGGGAAUGAAGACUUUGAGAGUAAAUGGCAAGCCUUGCAUACAUUUCCUAGAGAAUAUAGUCUUCCUUUUAUAGAUGCUUCCAGCCACAGCAUGAAAUUUGAAAAUAAUUUUGUUCCUGAAACCACUGUACAUAGCCAUGCUAAAAAAAUAGAUAGCUCAAUGUCUUCCACAGACUUAUCCCAGUUGCCAUGUGAAACACCAUCUUAUGAAUCUUUUGUAACAGGUGAUGAAGAACUACAUGAAAGUAUAUCUCCUAGCUUACAGAACCUCAAAAGGAGUGUAGAAGAGUCAUCAGUUCAGGCAGAACACAUCACAGGAAAAGAGGAGAUACCUGCAACAGAACUACUACCAUAUCAAAACUUGGAUGGUAAAGACAAAAAUGAAUCCAUUUAUCAAGAUGGAGUCAAUAUGCAAUCUACAGAAAUGACACAACUAAUGACCUCCACUGGGCUUGAAGAAUCUGGUAUUAUCAAUGCCACUCCAGUUGAGGAAAAUUUUGUACCUCUAUGCAACCUAACUAAGACUUUUUUUACUUCCAGAGAUAUGUUCCAGAAUGACCUUCAAACUACUAACAGAGUUCAGGAGGUUUUAAUAGCCAAUGCUACAACUGCAGAGAUCAGUAUCGAACCAGUAGAACUUGAUGAUUUUGACAGUCAUGAUAAACAGAAUGAUGAUUUGAAUAAAAGUGCCAUCAGUAGUAGUUUCAAAAUACCAGGCUCUCAGUAUUCCCCAUUAACAAGAACUUUUCAACAUUGUAACUUAGGCAAAGAUGAAGAUUUUCCCUUUACUGAUGAACUUCUAUCUAAUAAACAAGUGUUAGAACUUACUGAAUCUGACACUGAAAAUGUUGAUAGUGAAUCUGAUGUAAUAACUUUUCAGGGUACUAACCACAAGAGUCUAAAAAUGCAGCUGUACAACACAACAGUAAGUCUCUGUACAACUGAUCUGACCUUGACUGAUAAAAGCCAUACAAGUUCUGGGGAGCCUGAUGGAGUAAAUUCAGAUUCUUAUGAAAAAAUAUCUGAGAAUUUUAUGUUAGAAGAAAACUCUUCAGAAACAAUACUGACAAAUUUAUUGGGAAAGGAUUAUGAAGAGAAGGAAGACAGUGAAAAUUUAGAGCAAGAUGUUUCAACACAAUUAGAUAUAAGCAGUUCUUUGAAGGAUGGUCAGUUGCUUUCUGUUGAGAAGAAUUGCAAGAGAAAAGAACAUACUUCAUUUGACACUUCUGUGGAAACAGAAAGAUCAUUUUCCUGUAAAAAUAAAUCAAGUGUCCAGUGUGACUCCACAAACUCUAUGAUUAGUGGGGAAGAUCCAUUCGUGAAACAUAUUUCUACUGGAAGUUUUCAUUCAUUAGAAAAGGAAAAACCAAUGCAUGUUUUACAAACCUGUUUUGAUAAAGCAGCUACUGAGAAAGAUUUAAGUUCUGAAAACUCUGGGUUUUCAUUUUUAAGUGAUAAUUACUUGUACAGCCCUGAAAUGAUUGCUGUCACAGCUGAUUAUGUUGGUAAAGAGGAUUUAUUUUGUGGACUACCAGAAACUGAAAAUAAACAAUUUGGGGCUUAUGAAUCUAAAUUAGGUAGAGCUGUUUUGUGCAAAGACAAAGAAAAGUUGUUUGGACAAGAUGAUGAAAUAGAAAAAAAUGAAGGUGAAGAAGGUUAUGUAUUUCAGCAAAAAUAUAGUGUUAUUGAUGAUUUAAAUAACUUGUCAACUUUUAUGUUCAAUGAGGAUAAUUUCAACUCUGAAGUAAAAGAGAAACCAGUAAUUCCACCAAAGGAAUGUCUGGAAAAUGAAGAAGAUGGUGUUCAGGAUUUAAAAUCAGAGAAUGGAUUUGAAACAAAAAAAGACAAGUGAAGAAUUUA